UUUAGCACAACGACAGCAAAUUACCACAUACUGAAUUUAUUUACUGAAAUACAACAAUCCAUUUUCAUGUCGCCAAACUUGGGAAUUUUAUAACAUGUCGGAAUUCUCCACUCUGGAUGUCCCGUUAAAAGAACACUGGAGUAUAAACACUAUAGACUAUACAAACAAGGCAGCAAAAUAUGGUUCUGAUACCACAAUAUUCUAGAGGAACUUUUCGGUGGGACCGACCCCGAGUCGUCGUUUACAAGUAUGUCGACCAAAACCGGAAACGGAGUUAAAAUCUGCCUGAUAGGGGUGAGUAGAACAUGCAUGCAGCAGGCUAUAUAUACAAAGACAAAAUUCAGUUUUUCAGUGGAAUUCGUCACAAGUCGUAUCACAAGUCAAUCAUAUUAAUUCACAAGUAGAGAUCACAAAUGUCAGUGGAUAAACAGUGACAAGGAAAUGUUGGUCAAUGUCAUUUAGUGAAGAACUUGGGGAAAGGAAAAACAUCAUUUCGAGGAGGGCGAGCGGGGUUUCUACAUCAGAAUGCAAUCGUUCAUUUCAAUGCAGGGUAUCACAUUCGGUUCAUUUUGAUUCGCAGAACAGUGGAGUGGGCAAGUCAAGCAUAGCCCAUAGAUUUGUGAGUGAAACCUUCGACGACAAUAUAACCAACACCAUAGCAGCCGCCUACUUUGACAAGAAACUGUGCGUGAACGGAGACGCCGUGAAAGUUUGUAUAUGGGACACAGCCGGAGGUGAAAAGGUGGGAAUAUUUCGUGCCUUGGCACCGCUGUACUACAGAGGUGCAUCUGGAAUUGUUCUGGUCUACGACAUCACUAAAGUACAAAGUUUUCAAAGUUUAACGGAAGUGUGGGUUCCUGCCCUACGAGCGAAUACCGACUCAGACGUGUCCCUAGUUGUGGUUGGCAACAAACUGGACCUGGACGAGACAAGGGUCGUGCCUGCCGAGGUGGGAAGGAAUUACGCCGAAUUCCUGAAUGCCACCUUCAUAGAAACGAGCGCCAAAACGGGUCAAAACGUGGAAAGUGUCCUUGUACAACUUGCCAUGAAGAUCCUCGAAAAGAAGCAGCCAUCCACGGCGAACGCGAGGCAGAGAAAUUUGAUCCGGCUAUCAACCACUUCGACCGAUGAGGCAAACUCGUCCCAGAAAACCCGCCGUCGCAAGUGCAGGUGCACGCUCUCGUGAGUUCUUGCUCUGUGGUGUGACCACACGGCAACUGCUGAGGAACUCUCCCAUAGCCAGGUACCAUCCAAUCCCACGGCCAUUUUCUUGCCACGCCUCUUACUUUUGCAACCGCAUCAGCCUUUGCCUCCAACCUCAUUCUUUGUCAUGAAAGAAAAAUGUCGAACAACACAUUCCAUCCCCCUCACCCAACCACACAAGCGCCACAAUAAAUUUGUUGGGCUGUAAAGAGGGAUUUAUGGGAUAAAAUAAACUUGAAAUCAUACAACGCAUUUCACGAUUUGAAAUUACUUUCAGAAAUAUUGACUUAAAAAAAUGAGCAGUCACACUUUUUAUACUAAAGGCGUAAUUUCGCUUGUACUUUCGAAAUUUCAUAGUUUAUUAUUAUUCUGAGCUGUUAACUUGAAAAAAAAAAUCUUUUCAAGGCUACAAGCAUACCGGCAAACUUGUAUACCAGCCCGUUUUAAAUAGCGACCUCUUUGGACCCGUGCGGAUGCCACAUUCGAACACACACCAACAUUAUCCACACAACAUAAAUAGACACGUGUUCAAAGGUAACUAUAACCUUUUAAGGAGAAAAAAUGUCUGCAAAACAAAAAAGACAAACAAGCAAGCAAACGACUCUUUAUGUUGCGAUUACAAAAAAGGUUUUUGGCCAUGAUGUUGGUUGUUUUGCAAGAAUUACGCCACACCCACGGAUAAAAUGUGAAGGUGAUGUGACAUUCCAGUUUGACAAAAGGGCAGAUUUCAUCGUGGGCAAGUUCGAUCCCCGACAAUUCUAUGAACCACUUGUCGAUUUUCCCUGGUGCCCGGUCUAUAUUUAAUGAAUAAGUUACCAUUCACCGUCGACCACGGUCGACAAUUUGUCGCUGAUUGAACCUGCCCGCAGAAACGAGCUUGUAUGAGUAAUCAGUUAAGAUUUCACAUACAUGUGGAUGCACUCAAUCAAUGCGGGCCGGAUACUCUUAGAAAAGAAAAAAGAAUAGAACACCAAGUAAACUUUGCUUACUAUAAGCAACGAUUUCAUAACAUCUCAUCUGCUUCCUUCCACGCGGUUAGUAUGCCAUGGUAGGCAUAUAAGGGAAUGCCAGCCGUCUAUGAAUAACUCGUUGUCAGAAUUGAGAGGUUCAAACAAACAUUUUAAAUGUUGACCGAGUGUACGUUUUAUUGUCUGUAUUCUACCAUCAUAGACCUAUUGUUUUCCCUUGCUGUACAAUCCUUUGUUCACACUGAUGUUUGUGUAGAUUAACUUUUGUUUAAUUCGUUGCCCUUUUAAUCUAUUGUAGGCCUACAGGAUUUCUGUUUAACGUGUGAGUUUGAUUUGUAACAUUUUAUUGUAAUAUGCCACCGUCUCUUAUAAUUUUGCCUAUGGGCCAAGACGAUUUCACCAACUCAUUUAGCUGUGUAAAGCUUUAUAGGCUUAUAAGGCACGGUUUUAGAAAAACAAAAACCUUCGGUUCAGUUUCAUAAUUUUGACCAAAUUUCGUCUGUCAUUGUCAACACCGUUUGAGAGUCUGUAUCGUUCCGUAUGUGUAUGGGCCAGGACGACCAGUUUAUAGUUUUCAGUCGUGUUACAUUUGUGUCGUUUUCAAAGGAAAGGUUCCCAAAAUACUUGAAGCAUGCCCAGCUGCCCCUUCCCCGCUCCUCCACCGCCACCAUGCUGUGACAAUUUGGAUUCUGUAACUA